AUGGCUCGCACAAAGCAGACCGCACGAAAAUCCACAGGCGGGAAAGCCCCACGUAAACAACUUGCGACGAAGGCUGCGCGCAAGUCUGCACCCUCAACGGGUGGAGUGAAAAAGCCGCACCGCUACCGUCCUGGAACAGUUGCUCUCCGUGAAAUUCGUAGAUACCAGAAGUCAACGGAACUACUCAUUCGCAAAUUGCCAUUCCAGCGUCUUGUUCGUGAGAUCGCUCAAGAUUUCAAGACUGAUCUCCGCUUCCAGUCAGCCGCCAUUGGUGCUCUUCAGGAAGCUUCCGAAGCUUAUCUGGUUGGUCUUUUUGAGGAUACUAACCUCUGUGCCAUUCACGCUAAGCGUGUCACCAUCAUGCCAAAAGACAUCCAACUUGCUCGUCGCAUUCGAGGCGAAAGAGCAUAG